UCCCUCCUCCCCAUUGUUGCGGCGGCCGGGUCCUAGGAAAUCGGGAUCGCCGCGGCUCGGCUCGCUCGCUACCUGCGGGAAGGGCGCGGAGCUGCUGAGGUCCUCAAUUGACCAGCUUCCAACUUCUUGGCUCUUUCCAAAGAUGAGAGGUUAAUCUUAGAUGGAUCAUGAAUGUUGGAGCUGUCAAGGACCUACAAGAUCAUUUAAAGUCUAACUCCUUUGUUUUAAAGAUCAUAUCAGCCAGCAAGCCUUUAUUAAAUUCUUUCUAUGUGCCAGCAUGGGAGAUAAAUAAGGAAGACAAAAACAGGAAAGUCACACAGAUAAGGACGCUGAGGCUCGGAGUUGAGAAGUGAUUUUCCCAAGGUCACAUAGAUACAAUGGAAGAGUUAAUUGUUGAGCUGCGCCUGUUCCUCGAGCUGCUGGACCAUGAGUACUUAACAUCAACAGUCAGGGAGAAGAAGGCAGUGAUAACGCAACAUCCUCCUGAGGAUACAUCAUCCAAAGGCUUUGAAGUGAAAGACCAUGUUCAGAAACAAGAAGUUACCAACAGCUUGCCGGCCCCGCCACAGAUGCCGCUGCCCGAGAUCCCUCAGCAGUGGCUGCCGCCAGACAGUGGGCCUCCACCAUUACCCACGUCUUCUCUCCCAGAAGGCUAUUAUGAAGAAGCUGUGCCACUGAGUCCCGGAAAAGCUCCUGAAUAUAUCACUUCAAAUUAUGAUUCAGAUGCAAUGAGCAGCUCGUAUGAAUCAUAUGAUGAAGAAGAAGAAGAUGGAAAAGGGAAGAAAACGAGACACCAGUGGCCAUCAGAUGAAGCCUCCAUGGACCUUGUGAAAGAUGCUAAAAUCUGUGCAUUCCUCUUAAGAAAGAAACGGUUCGGACAGUGGACCAAGCUGCUCUGCGUCAUCAAAGACACCAAACUACUGUGCUACAAAAGUUCCAAGGACCAGCAGCCUCAUAUGGAACUGCCUCUGCAUGGGUGCAGCAUCACCUACAUCCCCAAAGACAGCAAGAAGAAGAAGCAUGAGCUGAAAAUCACACAUCAAGGCACGGAUGCCCUUGUCCUGGCAGUUCAGAGCAAAGAACAAGCGGAGCAGUGGCUCAAGGUUAUAAAAGAAGUCUACAACAAUUGCAGUGGAACAGUAGAUUCGGAUGGGCCUUCCUCUAGUUCCCCAGUGCACAAGACAGAGUUAGAGAAGAAACUGUCCUCAGAGAGGCCGAGCUCAGAUGGGGAGGGUGGUGCAGAAAAUGGAAUCACCAUGUGCAAUGGAAAAGAACAAGUUAAGAGGAAAAAAAGUUCAAAGUCAGAAGCCAAGGGAACAGUGACAAAAGUUACUGGGAAAAAGAUCACCAAGAUCAUUGGUCUAGGAAAGAAAAAGCCAUCGACAGAUGAACAGACCUCGUCAGCUGAGGAAGAUGUGCCCACCUGUGGAUACCUAAACGUGCUCUCGAAUAACCGCUGGAGGGAACGUUGGUGCCGAGUGAAAGAUAAUAAGCUCAUUUUCCACAAGGACAGGACGGACCUGAAGACCCACAUUGUGUCCAUUCCUCUCCGAGGCUGUGAAGUGAUCCCGGGCUUGGAUUCCAAACAUCCCUUGACAUUCCGUUUGCUUCGAAAUGGGCAGGAAGUCGCUGUACUCGAGGCUUCAUCCUCUGAAGAAAUGGGCCGAUGGAUUGGAAUCUUAUUAGCUGAAACAGGGUCAUCCACGGACCCUGGAGCGCUCCAUUAUGACUAUAUUGAUGUGGAGAUGACUGCUAAUGUCAUCCAAACAGCCAAACAGACAUUCUGCUUUAUGAACAGACGUGGUAUCUCUACAAAUCCCUAUCUCGGCAGUGCCUCCAAUGGAUAUGCCCACCCCAGUGGGAUGGCACUUCAUUAUGAUGAUGUCCCUUGCAUAAAUGGAUCGUGGGAACAAGAAGAUGGCUUUGUGGCUUCCCGUAGCAGAGUCUUGGGAGAAGAAGUGCUUUAUGAUAACGCGGGGCUGUAUGAUAACUUGCCGUCUCCAAAAAUCUUUGCCCGCUACCCGCCUGCUGAAAGAAAGGCUUCUAGAUUCUCUACUGACAAACUGUCUUCUAACCAUUACAAACAUCCUGUCUCCUCCAAUCUGUCUUCUGCUCAGUCUGUCACUAAUACCUCUUCAGUGGGGAGGGGAUCUGUCGGGCUGAAUUCUCAGUUCAAGAGCAAGAAACCUCCUGUAGCAUCUAAUGGGGUCCCAGGGAAAGGGAGAAAUGUCAACAGUCCACAAAAGAAAGCAGACUCAUCAGCCACUGUCAAACGGACAGCAUCAAAUGCUGACCAGUACAAAUAUGGCAAGAACCGUGUAGAAGCAGAUGCCAAGAGGCUGCAGACCAAAGAAGAGGACUUGCUAAGGAAGAAGGAAACCCUGCGGAACCGUCUGGCUCAGCUCCGAAAAGAAAGGAAAGAUCUUAGAGCUGCCAUUGAAGUGAAUGCUGGAAGGAAGACCCAAGUUAUCCUAGAAGAUAAGUUGAAGAAGCUGGAGGAAGAGUGUAAACAGAAGGAGACGGAGCGCGUCAACCUGGAGUUGGAACUCACAGAGGUCAAAGAAAGCCUAAAGAAAGCCUUGGCAGGGGGCAUCACACUGGGCCUAGCAAUUGAGCCCAAGUCUGGAACCUCAAGCCCCCAGUCUCCAAUUUUUAGGCACCGAACCCUGGAAAACUCUCCCAUCUCAAGUUGUGAUACCAGCGACACUGAAUGUUCAAUGCCAGUGAACAGCGCGGCAGUUCUGAAGCGACACCCACCUGCAUCUGGCAACUCUCCUUGCCGGGGUCACGUCCUUAGAAAGGCAAAGGAAUGGGAAUUGAAAAAUGGGACAUAAAGAGAAUGGUGGAAAAUGCACACACCUUCUAGAAGGCCUUACAUCCUCUCAACCAAGACUCAGAUGACAGGAAACUCAACUCUAAAACGUGACGUCAAGCAGUACCGCACCAGAGGUUUUGUAAUUCUGCUCAGGGGCCAGUAGCUUGACUCUCACUCCACUUUUACUCUUUCUACUGUAUAUGGUGCCCUUUUAAAAAUUAUUAUUAUUACUUGUGACACUCUCAUUUUCAACUUUGUUUAAAGAAGAAGGCAAAAUAAAUCUCUUGCACACACAAAACACCCUAAAAAAGGAACAAAGAUAUGUGAUAGAAAAGGAGCAAAAGAAUUGUAAUGGGAAAAGUUAUGUCUUUUUAAUGAAUUAAUGACUUUAAAUUGCCUUGGCUCAAAUUGAACCCAGUCACAGGAGUGAAGCUGGAUGAACCCCAGGCAGAAUUCUCAGAUUGGUAUCUGAGGGAGUUUUAUAGUAGGACUCCCACAGGUGAGGAAGGCUCUAGGUGUGGGCAGAGCCAGGAUCUGAUCCAUCAUGGACGGUCUUAUUUGAAAAAGAGCGUCAGGAAGCAUGUUGAUCAAUGUGAUAGGACUGCUGGCAUGAGCUGAAUGUCUGGUCCAGGAGAUUCCUCUCCUCCCUCUCCCCCCACCCAUCUUCCCCUUUCCCCCUAGUCAGUAGAGAUUUUGGAAUGAAAUAACUGUGAUGUGAAACAAUUCUUACUCUCUUUCCUCCUUCCUCCCCACCUUUGGACAGAUGCUUUUCUCACUGGGACAUGAAAAGCUGCCAUUUUUUUAGCUGCAUUUUUUUAAAAAUAAUGUUUCUCUCUUUGUUGUGUAUUGUGUAUGUUAUAUGUGUUUUUCUAAAAGCACUUGGCAUCUUCAGAGAUCUUUUGUAUCAUAGUUUGUAUUUUGUACUGCUUUUGAAAGGCAGCAAAGUGCUAUUAAUACUUUGAUUCAUGAGUUUGACCUCCCCUGUCCCCACCCCUUCCUUCUCCCUCUCCUUCCUGCCCCUCAAAUCCCUAGCCUUUCAAUACUCCCCUUCCUCAAGAGCUGUCACAGGAGUGAUUCUGAUGGAAGAGAAGCAAGUUUGCUUUACUACCUGAUGAAGUUGCAAAUGUCGCAGCUUAUCAGCCCUGAUGGAUUUGAUUGGAUCAAUCUUUUGAUGAGUUUUGACUCUGGGAAGAAAGUGGGUUUGGGACACUUCCAGGCCCUUCUCUUUGAUUUAUUCAUCUAGAGUGUUAAUGUGGUGUCAGACUUGGCUGUGUUUUUUUUCUGCCCAGCAACAGGCCUAUAAGGGAUGACUUCUUUGUUGGUCUUUAAGAUGAUAUUAUGCUCCACAUUUAAAAUGUUUUUAUUCUGUUAUAUUUUUGUUGAGAGGGGAGGGUGGGUUUAGUGCAUCAAGGAGAGAAAAAUGCUAACAGUGGUAAAAAGAUGGCAGGUCUGAGAGCUGGAUUUUUCUUAAGAGGGCUCAGAAAAUAGACUGUCAGAGCUGGAAGGGGCAUCCCUCAUUUUACAGUGAAGGAAAUUGAGGCCAGAAAGUGGAAGACUCUAUCAAGAUUACUCUGAUACCAAGUGGCAGGCCCGGAAUCAGAACCCAGGUCUUCUAUGUCCCAAUCCCAUAUCUCUAACCCCAAGAGUGUCACUGUCCAGAAUGAUCUGCCUUACACUUGACACUAGCUGUGUGACCCUGGGCAAGCCACUUAACCCCCAUUGCCCUGAAAAAAAAAUUUCUUGGGAAAAGGACAACGUGGGGACUUACUGGGUAACAGUCAUUAUUCAAAGAACCUUGGGUUUUCCUUCGGUACCUAAAAAACCAGCUCAUAGGUAUAUACCCCACCAUGAACAGGUCCACUCUUUCUCCCUAGAAGUAAACAUACUGGGGUACCUCAAUGAGCUGGGAGUUUUAUUAGAAUUAAUCAAAAAACAAAAGGGGAGGGACUUGAGUGUCUUAUUCCUCUUUAUCACACAGUUCUGAAUUGUACAUAGUAGGUGCUCAGUAAAUAUUUCUUGAAUGAUUUGGUGAAGAAAGCAAGCUGAUAGCAAAUAUUUACUCGAAGAAUGCUACAGGGUCAGCACACAUUCAAUUCAUCCCUGUACUGGCUACAUAAGAAGAAUUAGUGUUAAAAAUCAUGAUCCUGGGCAGCUAGGUGGCACAGUGGAUAGAUCACCGGCCCUGGAUUCAGGAGGACCUGAGUUCAAAUCCGGCCUCAGACACUUGACACUUACUAGCUGUGUGACCCUGGGCAAGUCACUUAACCCCAAUUGCCUCACCAAAAAAACCCCAAAAACCAAACCCCCCCAAAAAAAAACAACCCAAAAAUCAUGAUCCCGUUUGGGAUCAUGGUGGGUGGGGGCAUAAAUCACUUAUAGUAUCCUAGAAAGAACACUGGCUGUGGAGCCAAAGGGCCUGUGUUCAAAUACCAGCAUUACUAACCUGUUAUCUUGACCAAAUCUCUGAGACUCAGUUUUCUCCUGUGUAAAAUGAAAAUGUUGGAUGGAAUGGAAUGGGUUUUUUAUGGUCCCUUCCACCUCUAAUCCUAUGAUUCUAUUAAUAUCAGAACAUAAAGAGAUUGGAGAGAUUAUCUCAUCCCACCUCCUUUUUUAUAGAGAAGGACUCUUUUCUAGGACUGUACUAGAAUGAGAAAGCAGAUGCUGAAAUUUUAGGAAGAUUUUUUAACAGCAUAGGUUGAAACACAAGAAGUCCUUGGCUUAGUUACUUAAAACUCCCCUUAUACCCUUAAUAUUCUGGCUUAUCAAGGACCGGCUCAAGAAAAUGCUAAGGAAUUCAGGAAAUUGGCAUCAAUAUUUCUUACUUUUGAUUCUCUAAAAAAGUAGUGGAGUUAAGUGAGAGAUCCAUAGCCUACAGGGCUUUGAAGAGCAAUAUUUCUAAAGGAGAGAUCUACAAAUGUUUGGAUAUGUGAACUAGGAGCUUUAGUUACCCAUGGAAGGUGUUAAUGGGAUUUUUUCUAUUGGAUAACCUGGGGCGGGGGCGGGGACUGGUAGGAAAUUUGUCCAUGGUCAGUUAAUCAAAGCCAUGCCCAUUUUGUAUCCCUGUAGAAAUGUGAAAACUAUCCCUGAAGGGAAACAGUUCAGUCUACAACAGAUUUCCUUCUUUUGAGGGUUGGCUAAUACUAUAUCUUGUUCAACAAGAACACAUUUUCCUUUUUCCUUUUUAAAUAACAAAAUGGGCAUGCUAAAAUUAGUGAUUAAUUUGAGAUUCCCAAGAUAUUGCCAUCUUUAGGCCAAGUCACAGAAUAAUAGACUUUGGGUAUGCCGGGGGACCCCAGAGUCCAUCUACUUCACCUACCCCUGAAGCAGGACCCCCCCACACAUUGGAUCUUUGCCAAACUUUACCCAUCCUAUCAGUAUUCUUUAAAGAGUACAAGAUCUGAAGUCAGAGAGCCCAAGCUCAAAUUCUAGCUUUCCCACUUAGUGGGUCACUACAUGACCUUAUGAAAAUCACUUCCCUUCUCUGGACCUCAGUCUCUUGCUCUGUAAAAUGAGGGUUUAGGCUAAUUCAAUCUCUAAAGGUCUCUUUCAGCUCUAUAACCUGUGAUCUUCAAUUUAAAGACAUCUAGUGAUGGAGAGUGAACUAUCUAGUAAGUCAUCAGCAGUUAGUCAUCAAGGGCACUGGGCCAUUCUCCCCACUGUUCUCGUGACUGGCAGCCUUCUCUCUGCCCCAGAGUACAACAUCAAGUUCUGAUUUUUUAACCUAAUAUAUCUCAUUACAAAGAAAAAAAAGGUAAAGUAAUAAACCUAUACCCUUAAUCCUAGCCUUUCUUAUUGUUAUGGUGCUGAUAACUCUAGCAUACAACAGUCCUGAUAACAUGCUGGCAAAAUGCCAACUUGGAAUCAUAGAGUGUUAGAGCUAGAAGGGACCUCAAAGAUCCUUUAAUCCACAGGUCCAUGACCUUCCUUGGGGUGUGUGUGUGUGUGUGUGUGUGUGUGUGUGUGU